UGCGUGCGGCAUUCCGCGGGGCGCUAACGCAAUUGCCGCGGGGCUGAGGCUGGCGCCAACAUGGACGCACCAGACACCGGGAGCUCGAGCCAGAAAGCUUCAGAGGGAUACAGCUCUGAUCAGAAGGCAGCUGUUGAGCUGAAGCAGCUCUGUCAGCAUUGCUUCCAUUCAGAUCUUGGCCAGACUGCUGAGUUCAGAAUAACGAUGUCUCUGGGGCACGUAGCCAAGGGAGCCAGCCUAGAUGACCUUAUUGAUACUUGCAUUCAUUCAUUUGAUUCAGAAGGAAAUCUGUGUAAAAAUUACCAGCUGCUGAAGGUAACAUUGACCAUGCACAGAUUUAUCAUCUCCUCUACUGAGAUGCUGCAAAAAUUAAUUGAUCUAUACCUGGAUGCUUUGGAAAACAAUUCUUCUUUGAUUUGCCAUAAAAUAUGCUACCUUGUAAGGUACUGGAUAACAGAAUUCUGGAUCAUGUUCAAAACAGAUUCUAAUCUUACUAGCGCUGUGGAGGAAUUUCAGGAACUGGUGAGAACUAAUGGUGAGGAGUUACACAGUCGCCUAAUUGACACAUCUCAAAUAAAUGCUCGCGAUUGGUCUAGAAAGAUCACACAGCGUAUAAAAUCCAACACCAGCAAGAAACGAAAAGUCUCACUUCUCUUUGAUCAUUUGGAACCCGAGGAGUUAUCAGAUCAUCUUACGUACCUUGAAUUCAAGUCCUUCCGACGAAUAUCAUUACCAGAUUACCAGAACUAUAUUAUGAAUGGCUGUGUGAAGGAAAAUCCAACAAUGGAACGUUCAGUUGCUCUUUGUAAUGGUAUAUCUCAGUGGGUACAACUAAUGGUACUCAAUAGACCAACACCACAGCUUCGAUCUGAAGUAUUCAUCAAAUUCAUUCGUGUGGCUCAGAAACUUCAUCAGCUGCAGAAUUUUAAUACAUUAAUGGCUGUGAUAGGUGGUCUCUGCCACAGUUCCAUCUCUAGACUUAAAGAAACUAGUUCUCAUGUUCCACACGACAUCCAUAAGGUGUUCAAUGAAAUGACAGAACUACUGUCAUCCUGUAGGAACUAUGAUAAUUAUCGACGUGCUUACAGUGAGUGUAGUAACUUUAAAAUCCCUAUCCUUGGAGUACAUCUGAAAGACUUGAUCUCCCUUUAUGAGGCCAUGCCAGAUUACUUGGAAGACAAAAAAAUUAAUAUGCAUAAAUUGUAUUCUUUGUACAAUCAUGUCAAUGAACUGAUACAACUGCAGGAAAUGGCACCUCUCUUGGAGGCUAACAAAGACCUCGUUCAUCUCCUCACACUGUCUCUUGAUCUUUAUUAUACAGAAGAUGAAAUCUAUGAACUUUCAUAUGCUCGAGAGCCAAGGAGUCACCGGACUGCACCUUUGACACCUUCCAAACCGCCAGUAGUAGCAGACUGGGCUUCUGGUAUAGCUCCAAAACCAGAUCCAAAGAUAAUUAGCAAACAUGUUCAGAGGAUGGUAGAUUCUGUCUUCAAAAAUUAUGACCAUGAUCAGGAUGGUUACAUUUCUCAGGAAGAAUUUGAGAAGAUUGCGGCAAGUUUUCCUUUCUCUUUUUGUGUAAUGGACAAGGACAGGGAAGGGCUCAUUAGCAGGGAUGAAAUAACAGCUUACUUUAUGAGAGCCAGCUCAAUUUACUCUAAAUUAGGCCUUGGCUUUUCCCACAACUUCCAAGAGACCACUUACCUAAAGCCCACAUUCUGUGAUAACUGUGCUGGAUUUCUUUGGGGAGUUAUUAAGCAAGGAUAUAGAUGUAAAGAUUGUGGAAUGAACUGUCAUAAGCAAUGCAAAGAUCUGGUUGUAUUUGAAUGUAAGCGAAGAUCCAAAACCAUGAUGGUGGAUAACAGUCCUGCAUCAGCCCUUGCAUCGAGCCUCUGUCCCCUUGGGCUAAAGGAGCAUAUCCAUGGACUAGAGGAGGGAGGAUUUCCCUUUCCUAAUGGAGAAGUAGUUGAACACAAUGAAGAGAGCAAGGACAGAACAAUUAUGCUCAUGGGUGUGUCAGCUCAAAAGAUCUCAGUAAGAUUAAAGCCAGCUGUGGUACACAAAGGCACGCAGACUGACCCAGUUCCAGCUUAUGGUGAUGGGACCAACAGACAACAGAAGGAGCCAGCAGUGCCAUCUGAAAAUACUUUUCUCCAGCCUACUCCUGUGUCUCCAUGCCCAAGCCCAGUUCUUAGCCGUAAAAAGGCUUAUGUAAAAUGGGAAAACAAGGAUGGCAGUCACAAAACAAAGGAAGAGCAAUUUAUUCUUAAACCUUCAUAUCAGGAGCUAGAGCAGGAAAGAAACAUUUUAACAGCAGACAAUGAGGCUUUGAAGUUGAAGCUUAAACAGGCACAUAAGAAAAUAGAACUGCUCAGCCUUCAGAGAAACCACCUACUGGAAAGCAGGGAACAUGGAGACUGCUUGUAGCCAACGAGUCAGGAGCCCUCCUAUUGAAAGGGGCCUUUGUAUGUUAUAAAGGCUGAUUCACUGGAGCAUAUGCAAAGUGGCAAGAGGAUUUUAAACAGAGAUAUUCCUGCUGAAAAAUCUUGUUCUGAUUAUUAAUAAUCCAUAGAUGUAUGCGUGCUCCAUAAAAUAGUUGGCAUUCAGUCUGGCGGGAACAAUAUAGUUUAGAAUUACUUUAAAGUAGGCACCAUUGCUAAAGAAGAGUGCAUGAAGUGCUGUCUCCAUAAACAUCUCCAUUUCUAGAAGUGGACAUCUGCUGUCAUCUUGAGCAUGUUUUCUAGCUAAAGGUACAACUGUAGACUGUGUUUUUUAAAAAAUACCAUUGUGGUGGUUGGAAGCAACUUCUAAUAGAGCACAGAUCUGAAAACGAGGUAACACUGUACAGUGUGAGGGUAAAAUAUUGGUUUGCAAAAUGAUCAGUUCAGAGUCUUCACCAUGUUCUUUCUAACAACAGAGCCAGAGGACUAGAUCCCACAAAGGUAAGUCCCAUUGAUUUCAACUGGACAGAGUUGAGCAUGUGGCUAACCAGCUCACUGAAAUCAGUAGGUCUUUAGUGGCUGAUCUGAUACUGUGGAAAUAUAGCAUGCUAUAUGUAGCAUGCUGCAAAGCAUUGUAUAUUGAUUUUUCUGUAUAGUAUCUCAGACAUGACAGAUUUUUCUGUAUAGUAUCUCAGGCGUGGUUCUCUUCCAUUAAUUUUUGUGUGACUUGGAAAUGUCUAAUCCUUGGCUGGAUUGUGUCUAUAAAUCAUAAGUGGGAACAAGUGCAUUUGUUUCCUUGUGAUCUUCCCCAUGAAUUAGAUUUAGAAUGUGUUGAGUGCAAUCAGUGUUCAAAGCAUUUUGUGCAUAUUAUUGUGAUCAUUAUAACAGCCCUAUAAGCUAGACCAGUGUUAUUAACAUCAUAUGCCAGACUGGAGACUGAAUUUGAACAGAAUGACUUGCCUAAGGCCACCUGAUGAGUUUGUGGCAGAGCUGAAAUUUGAACCAGUGACCUGCAUUUACAGCCAGUGUGCUAUGCUAGCUCCCAUAUUCAGAUUUGGGGCAUAGGUCACAACAACAUUUUCUGGAUGAGCUGUACUUUUGUGCUGCUUUCAUUUAUUCUGAUAGGGAUUUUUUUCAGAGAUUGGGAAUAGAUCUUGAAUUCAUAUUCUUCCUUUGACUCCCUUAGUAAGGGAAUAUUAUAGUCAUCUAAUCACAGAAUCACUUCAUCAAGACAUUCACCAUGGGGAAAUUGAGUAUGC